CCACAGGCUUAUAUAAGCCUUUCAACCCCAUGUGCUCUGCAGCCGUGCAAAUAAUUUGGAGCAGAUUCGACUGCAGCCCUCCAGCUCAGGGGUUUUAGGUCGCUCGCUCUGCUCUGGCUGUGGAACAUGUACAGUUUCAUUGGGCUCUGGCUCAAAUAACCAAUCAUAAAAAGCAGAGGUCGGGGGGUUUGGGGCUGAAACAGGAGGAGGAGCCAGCAGCAGCUUGAUGGAGUGACCACAGACUACUUGUACUGUGGUGAGGGUCUUUCCUGAAGUUGCUUAUGUUGGUGGUUGGUGGGUGGUGUUAGGGGCGGUGGGUGGAGCAGCAGUGGAGACAUUGUUCAUUAAGAUUUCUGGGGCUUUCACUGGUGUCUAUGUCUCGCUGUGGUGUCUAUGCAGGAUGACUGGAACCAAGUGAAACCUGAGACGUAGAAUUAGAGGAAAUAUAGCACCAAAUCCAAGGCCCAGAGGGCUUCUCGCUUUUUGUUUCCAUCUCAGUGAUGAAAAUGGGGACCAUGCCGACCAUGUGUAGCUCCACCAUCCUGUUGAUUCUUAGCUUCCUGAUUGGUCUGAGCUGCUCCCUGAACCCAAAAGACCCAAAUGUGUGCAGCCUGUGGGAGAGCUACACCACCUCAGUCAAAGAGUCCUACUUUCAUCCUUAUGACCAAGUGACCGAGGAGCCCUGUUCAGACCCUCGGACCAACUACAGAUGCAUACGCCACAGGAUCACCUACAAGACGGCCUACAGGCAAGCAGUAAAGACACACUAUCGCAAGAGAUAUCAGUGCUGCCCAGGCUAUUAUGAGAGUGGAGAUAAGUGUGUCCCUCGCUGCACCAAGGAGUGUGUCCACGGUCGGUGUGUCGCUCCGGACCGUUGCCAGUGUGAGCGAGGUUGGCGAGGAGAUGAUUGUUCCAGCGCCUGUGAUGACAAACACUGGGGCCCAGGCUGCAAUCAGCAGUGCAAGUGUGAGAAUGGAGCGCUCUGCGACCCUGUGAAGGGAAUGUGUCAGUGUCCCCCAGGGUUCAUAGGACGCUACUGCGAGGAGGCCUGCCCAGCUGGCACCUUUGGGAAGCGCUGUCUGCAAAGGUGCAAAUGUGCGACUGGAGGAUCCUGCGAUAAAGCAACGGGAGAGUGCUUGUGUCGGGAUGGUUUCACUGGGACAUUCUGUGAGAAGGCAUGUCCCAGGAAAUGCCAGGCACGGUGCCCCUGCCAGAAUGGUGGUAUCUGUAAGGGCAAAGGGAUCUGCGCUUGCCCCCCUGGAUGGACGGGUGAAGUCUGUACCGAGCGAUGUCCAGAGGGACGGUAUGGACCAAACUGUGCUGAGGAGUGUGUCUGUCACAACAGGGGCAAAUGUGACCCUGAAACUGGACAGUGCCAGUGCGCUAAAGGUUUCACGGGUAACAGGUGUAAUGAGGAAUGUGCUGCAGGCACUUACGGUCAGGACUGUAAAGGCGUGUGCGACUGUGCAAAUGGUGCUCGCUGCUACAACAUUGACGGAGGCUGCCUGUGCGAGCCGGGCUUCAGCGGUCCACACUGCAGGGACAGGAUGUGUGCAGCCGGCAAAUACGGCAUGCACUGUGAACGCACAUGUCUCUGUCAGGACAAACACACACUCAGCUGCCAUCCAAUGAAAGGAGAGUGCACAUGCCAGCCAGGGUGGGCAGGACUGUACUGUAAUGAGACAUGCGCUCAUGGUUUCUAUGGUCACGGUUGCCUGGAGCCGUGUCUGUGUGUGAAUGGAGGGGUGUGUGAUAGCGCCACGGGCCAAUGUCAGUGUGCCCCAGGGUUCAUGGGGAUUCACUGUGAGAGUCCAUGCAAAAGUGGCACCUAUGGCAAAAACUGUUCCCUGGAGUGUUCCUGUAAAAACUCCAUCGACUGCUCACCGAUCGACGGGGUGUGCUUCUGCAAAGAGGGCUGGCGAGGACCGGACUGUUCCAUCCCCUGCUCUGAGGGAACCUGGGGCCCAGGAUGCAACGCCACCUGCCACUGCGCCAAUGGGGCAAGCUGUAACAGCGCAGAUGGAUCCUGCACAUGCACAGCCGGCUGGCAGGGGGCGCACUGUGACCAACCAUGCCCCAUGGGCACAUUUGGGCCAGGCUGCCUGAAGAGGUGUGAUUGUGUUCAUGCCGACGGCUGCCAAGCUACCACCGGGGAGUGCCACUGUCUGCCAGGUUGGUGGGGUGCCCGCUGUAGUGAGCCAUGUUCAGAGGGCUUGUGGGGGCGCCACUGUAACCAGACCUGUUUCAAGCACUGUCCCAACAGUGACACAUGCUUAAGGGAAACUGGAGCAUGUGUGUGUCGUCCAGGCUACUGGGGAGUCACCUGUCAGAACAAAUGCAGAGCUGGUAUGUAUGGUGAGCAGUGCAGUAUGUCCUGUCCAUCCUGUGGACAGUCAUACCGCUGCCAUCAUGUGACAGGAGAGUGUGACUGCCUACCUGGAUACACUGGACACAACUGUGAUCAAGUCUGUCCAGCUGGCUACUAUGGCAAACACUGUUCUGAGGUGUGUGUCAACUGUGCCAACAACUCCACGUGUGACCACCGGGAUGGUCACUGUGAAUGUUUGCCUGGCUGGACCGCUACUGACUGCUCCAUACCCUGCAGUCCAGGACGUUUUGGCCCAUUUUGUACUCAGACCUGCUCCUGUCCAAACAACCUCAUCUGUGACAGAUUUACUGGAGACUGCGUUUGUGAAAGUGGAGGAGACGACUGCAAACAAGACACAUCUGAGCAGUCGGGGAGCGUUAUGGUCCCCCUCCCUCCUGGUGAGAGGGAGUCGUGGGGGGCCAUCGGUGGCAUCGUCGUGCUUGUCAUCCUGGUGGUCUUGCUGCUGGCUCUGCUGCUGCUCUACCGCCGCAGGCAGAAGGACAAGCAGAACAACACGCCGACUGUCUCCUUUUCCACCAGCCGCACUGUCAACUCCGAAUACGCUGUUCCAGAUGUUCCUCACAGUUACCACCAUUACUACUCCAACCCCAGCUACCACACAUUGAGCCAGAACAGGCCUCCGUUGCCGCACCUCCCCAACAACCACGACCGCACAAUCAAGAAUACCAACAACCAGCUGUUCUGCAGUGUGAAAAACAUGGAGCGGGAGAGGAGGGGGCUGUUUGGGGUUGAGAGCAACGCGACUCUGCCUGCAGACUGGAAACACCACGAGCCCCGCAAGGACUCAGGGGCUUUUGGAAUCGACCGGAGCUACAGCUACAGUGCCAGCCUCGGAAAAUAUUACACCAAAGAGCUGAAGGACACGGUGGCGGUGAGCAGCAGCUCUCUGAACAGCGAGAACCCUUACGCCACCAUCAAAGACCUGCCAGGCCUGCCCUUCUGCCCCCCUGAGAGCAGCUACAUGGAGAUGAAGUCAGCCGUGCCCCGAGAGCGAGCGUACACCGAGAUCAGCCCGCCACCGUUCAACACGGCCACCUUACACAGAGAGCGUCAGAGCUCUCUCGGUCACGCCCCACACGAGGACCCGCAGAGCCACUACGACCUCCCUGUGAACAGCCACAUCCCGGGACACUACGACCUGCCACCAGUCCGCCGCCCCCCUUCCCCUUCCCCCAGGAGAACACCUCAGUGACACUCAAAACAGCACGGCAAGUUUCCCUCCUCCUCCUCGUUCUCCUGCUCACUUUGGGGAUGAUUUCUGGCUUGUGCUCGCAAAGAAAGAGUAAACUUAAUGCUCCUCUCUGACAAUCGGAGCUGUAGACCACCCACAGAGCAGCAGCAAGGCGUCUGUCUGACUGAAAGACUUUUGUUUACUGUGGAUGGCCCCCUUUUAACUCAACACUGCCCCUCUGUGGGCCAAAGUGGUACUCGCUUCACCGUGACAGACUUGUCAUCCAGAAUGGGGAGCCAGCAGGCUGCGGUGAGGAAGGCUGGACUGUGGCGACGCCAGCGGGGCUUCAGUUGCAUUCACCUCCCAUGGGAAAAAAAUACACCAAAAGACUUCACGGUUAAAAGCGGCAACUCUGGAAUGUUUGUGUGUUUGAACUCAUCUAAACAUGCUGUAAUUGAAGUUUUCCAUUCAUUUUGCUCGCUACUCAUCAGCUGUUUUAUGUGUUUAACAGGCCCCUUUCAUCAGAAAUCAAAUUUUCUUCUUUGUUUGUCAUCAGAAAUGACAAACUUGUCCAUGUUUGUAGCUUUUUUUUUUUUGGUCAAAUUUAAGUAUAUCAAAUCCAAACUUUUUUAACAGGCAUCUUUUGAUGAACUCAUCACAGCUGGACUUGUUUUAGUCUUCUUGUAAAACCUUGUCAACUUCAAAAACUAAUCAAAAAAAAGAGGAAAGGUCACAGGACCUUUUAAAGAAGUCCUCUCAUGCAUUUUAGAUCAUGUCUUACAACAAACUGAAUACUGAAAAAUCCUGCCAGUGUUUGAGGCUUGUUACAGACUAAUGACCAAAGAUUGUUAUUUCUUAUUGCUGAUAUUCAGGAUUCUGAGUGAAUCUGGAGAAGUCAGCUUGCUUCACCAAAGUAUCAGUUAUAUUUGUUUACCACCUGAGAGCCAAGAACAUUUUUACAACAAUCCAUAUUAGUUUCUUCCAAAUGUGGCAUUCAGAGACACAAGUAUAUAUCUGUGACUCACUUAUUGCUGCUGUCAGAUGAAAACUUUGUAAAUAUAGAAAUAAAUAUAUUGUUAGCUUCAUAGCAAUGUAGAAAAACAGCCCUAUUUUUAAGAUGAACAUGUUGUUAAGGGGUUUUUGGGACUAACGAUCCAAUACAUUUGCUUAUUAAUAGAUACCAAUAGGUCAGUGGAAGCACAAACACUGUUUUAUAUUGUGAAAACUAAACCAUCAUCAAACUGGGAAGUACAAGUCAAAUCAAAGCAGCGUUAUGAUUGUAAUACAGUUUUCUGCAGCAGCAUUUUUUGUCUUUGCAUUGUAUUUAAAGGACUCAUUCAGCUGAAAUACAGAAUAAAAAACAAAAACAAAAAAAACAUUUUUUCUCGCUUGAUUCCUAGUCAUAUAUACUCAUGCUGAUAGUUUUGUCCAAGUUUUGACAUAGCUGUCUCUGAGAUUUCUGCAUCAAAAAACAACUUCACCAUGAAUAGUUUUUACUGAAACUAUCUUGUAUCACAAAAACAUCAAAACAUUAGCAACAAAAAAUGGAAAUCUGGAUAAAAACCCACACAAAAUAAAACCAAAGCUAUUUGAAUGAACAGAUACUGCUAAACAUGAAAAAUAUGUUUUUGUAAUACGGCUGAAUUCACUGUUUUUGUUUUUUUUUCAUUUUGCCAAAACUGCAUUUAAAACCAUGUAAACUGUUUUAUUUGCUUCAAAAUGUUUUCGAACAGAAAUCAGCAGGCCUACCUUUGUCAUUAUUUCUAAAUUCUUUUUGUUAGCCAAAGUUGUGUUGCCUUAAAGUAAUUUUAGAAAUGCUAUGUUUGUUUUCUGUCCUCUGUCAGUACUGAACCAAAGGUUUAUUAUCCUACCAAUUAGACAACAGAAACCAUGAGAAUGUACAUUGUACUUUAAAUGCUAUAGUUCUGGGUAGAGCUUCAGCUCUUUUUUUUUCAACAUAUAUUUUUGAAUGUAACCAUGGCAACAUGUUGUGUUUAUAAUGUAAAUAAAAAUGGCUGCACUUCUGA